AUGGCUGCCCUGAGGGAAACAGACCCGGCAGGGGCCUGUGCCUCGCAAAGGCCUCACGGAGGUGGGUCUCUCCCUGUCACUGUUCCCUAUAGCAACGCCUUGGGAGGGGCCUCCCAGGCACCUGGCCACAGCCAAGCGGUGUUCCAGGGCGUGGUAUCCUCAAAUGUCUCGUGUUCACCUCAAAAGCCGCUUGAGCAGCAACCUACAAUGAAUCAAGGGGCCCCCAUGGGCCCCGUACCCCUGCAGCCAGAACCCGCAGAGGGAGCCCAAGUCCACCCCUGGCUACUGCUUCCUCAGCGACACCAACAGCAGCAGCAACAGCAGCCUCUGUACUACGAAGGCCAGCAGGUGGUGCAGCAGCAGCUGCACCAGCAGCGCCCCCCAGUUCUGCAGCAAACGGGAGGGGGUCCGGGCCCCCACAAUGGCGAUGCCCCACCUGCCCCUGUGAACAUGGGGGAGCUGCCUCCCUGGCAGCCUGCUAUGGACUGUUCUGCCGAAAGAAAUGUUUCGUUUGGCUGCACGAGUCCCUGCAUGAUGCCGGCACAGGCCCCUCCCCCCUACAGCGUCUCCCCCCUAGCUUCGGGCCCCUUCGUAGGAGAUGUCCCCCACAUAUCAACGCAGCCACACCUUUCACAGUGGCAGCCGGCAGCAGCAGCACAAAGUGAUACCCUACAGCCUCCUCCUGCUGCUGCUGCCGCCGCUGCUGCUCCUCCUGGGGUUGCACCGUUCCCCUUCAGCAUGUGCAUGGGGGCCCCUCAGGGGCCGCCAGGCGGCCUGAAAGGCGGUCCAGAGGGGCCGACUGGUGGGGGGCCUUGGCAACCUAUGCAGCAGCAGCAACAGCAGCAACAGCAGCAGCAGCAGCAGCAGCAGCAGCAGCGGACGCCGCAGCCUCCCCCUCAGCAGUCCCAUGUGAAUGGCCUGCAACCUCCAGGCGGGGUGUAUGCGCCUUUGGGGAUGGGAGGGGCUGCGCUUCCGAAAUCUGAGAGUAAAAGCUCGCGGCCCCCUAAGGGAGGAGGUUCCUGUAGGAGAAAGACAGAUUCGGGCGUCUCGGGCGUCUCGGGUGUCGAGGGAGGAGGGCCCCCUGCUCCCGCCGCCGGCACGCGCCCUGCCAAGUUCUUUAAACAACAUUCUCCGGGCAAGGGGGCCCCUAAACCUCGGGGGAAAGGGCCCGCACCUCAGGGGGUUGCCCAGGAGGACGGGAUGCCGAAAGAUUCUCCUGCGGUCUCCGUAGGUUGCCAGGGAGGCCCCGCGGCCCCCUCCUCUCAUGGGGCCCCUAUACGGCAACCCCAAUUGGGCGGGCAAUGUAAGGCUCCCACCGCGGCAUUUGAAAAGGGAGAGGGAAACAGCGGGGCCCCCAGAGCAAACCCCCGCCCCCGAACAGUGCGGCCGUCUGAGGUGAUGGCAAAGAUGUACUUUCACCGCAAAAAGGAGGCGUGGAGGGCCGAGCUGCUUAUCGAGGGCACAAAGAAACAAAAGUCCUUCUCUUGCAGGGCCCAGAGGGUUACCCAGGUUCCUCCGCGCCCUCUGCCUGCCCCUGCACCAGCUCCUACAGUGUGUAUACGCUUGGCUUGUGUGUCUGUGCAGUUGUACGGCUACGAGCGCGCACGGCUGAUGUGCGAGUGGGCCAGGAAGUUCGUCCUUAGGACCAGUCGCCUGCCCACGGACGAAGAGACAUGCACCUCGCUGGCUUCUCUUAUGAAAGAGCCGCUGCCGGCCCAAGUGCCCGGCCCCCUGCCCUACGGGCGCAGUGACGGUGCGGCGCCCGUGGCCUCUGGAGGGGCUCCUGAAGGCUCGCAGGGCUUCUUGCCGAGCUCAGGAGAGGCGGGUCAGGUCAAGAGUACUGCGGAACAGAGGGAGCAACAGACUGGAGCAGCAGCAGCAGGGCCUGCAGGGGCUGCUGCAGCUGCGGGGGCGGGAGGGGCUCCUACGCGCGAUGGCGUGUAUGUAGGGGAUACCGGGGGCUUGCCUGGCUCCAAGGGCCCCCUUGAACAGCGGCUUUCAGCUGGUGGCGUCUGCAAGAAGCGGAAGGAUGCGGCAAAGAGCGGCGAAAACACUACGAAGGUACGGAAGGGCAGCGAUUGCGCAGGUGGGGCCUCUUCCAAAAAGGGUCAGGCGCCCCGAGGGGCCUCCGAAGGAACGGCAGAGGCUCCCGCUUCUCAGGGCCCUCGUAGAGUCGCUCGCGCCGAGUUGCUUGCAGGGAGCCCCAGCGGAAAGGCAACCUCUCCUGGGGAAAACAGAGCAGAGGGUGCCACCCCUAUGAUGUCUCCAUACCUUUCUUUCAAGAGCCCGGAUUCCUCGAGUGGCCCAUACAACGGUGCAACAGUGGUCCCCCCCCAAGCACCAGCGGGCCCCGGGCAGGACCUGCCGUUGCCAGAGUCCCCUGCACCUUGCCUACCUGGGAUCCCUCGUGCGGGCUCCCCAGAAGACCUGCCUACCAAGUCCGGUGAGUUGGGUUUUCGGGGCCCCGAAGCCGGCGGAGGUGAGGGGCUGAGCACCAGCACGAAUCCGUGGUUCGAGGAGCUCGAGCAACUGAAGAAGAUCAGCCGACCUAAGGGAGGCCGCGCCAAGCGUUUCAAUGUGGGAAAGAAACCGUUUAGCGGUGUACGUGGAAUUUACUUUCAGCAGGGACUUUGGAAAGUCAAGUACAGAGGGGAGCAAGAAGAAGCCAUGAAGCUUUUCCCCUACAGCCCAGGCGACGAAAAAGACAUGAAAUCCCAGUUCGAGCUCGCCAGAUCCUUUCUGAGACAAGUCAUUGACAAGGGGCGCCAACUCCACGACAGCGAUGGAGAAGGCCUCUCCGAGGACGAACCCGCGUGGUUGGUGAGAGGCAGUAGCUCCUCCAAAUGGGCCUGUAAGAAGGAUGCGAGCACAAUUUGCACAAAGCCAGAACAGCAACACCGCCCCAAGUCCCCGCCGGGCCAGCAGGCCCGUCGGCGUCCCCCCUCCUUGUCGAAUAAGGUACCCCGCGGGAUGCUCCCCAGCGACGCUUCCAGAGGGGGCUCCCUGCUGGGCACCCCGGGGGACUCUCAGGGAACCUGCGGAGGGGGGCAUUACUUCGUUCACGAGGGCCCCCUGCAAGGGGACAGCGGUCAGAGCUUGUCUAGAUGUCUCCCUGCUGCGGCCUCUGGGAGCGGCUUUGCGCCCAAGGGUGUUGGCGAGGCGCCUGAGUGGCUUCAACCGGUAGCAGGAGAAGGGGAAUCUGGAGAGUUGCCGGAAGAUGAGACAAGGGCAGAGGCGGAUGGUAACACCAAAGCCGAGGGGCCGGUCCCUUGGGGACCCUCUUUCGCGGAACCCACGGGGGUCGAGGGUACCGGCAACCGCCCUCCGGGGCUGCAGCUGCCGCUGAUGCAGUGCAGAGGGGUUUUCACAACGGCGGAUAGCCCCAUGUGCGGGAGGCCCUCCCCGAAGGAGCGAUCUCCUUUCUCCACGGAAGCAAACACGGGUUUCUUUUCGGCAGUCACGACAACAGCUGACGAGGCCCUUCCAGUGACCAGCUCCAGUGCCAGCGAGGGGCCCCCAACCGCCCCAGGGCCUUGCCCAUCCAAGAGUUCUGGUGGCCCUUAUUCUGCUAGCUACUUCUGCUGCCAACCUUUUGUCGCCCCUACAGAAGUCAGCGGGGGAAGCCCCCCUCCACCCGGCGUCUCGCGUACACCCGAUGGGGCCCCGAUGAUGCCCCUAUCCACCAAUCCAAGUCUGCAGGAGGCGGACGUGAAUCUGCCACACGGCGACUUCGCACCGCCCAGCCACGAGAACCACCCGGUGCCCCUGCCUCCAACGCUUCCGUAUCCUGCUGGGGGACCUCCACCUAGUGCUGCUCCCAUCACGCUGUUCCAGCCUGCCGAUGGCACCCCCAAGAGCCACGAAAAUUUCCUUCAGUUCCGUCCCUUUGUAGAGCAGCCCAUCGCUCAGCUCGAGACCUCUCUGGGGGAGGAGCUCUUGUCUGUUGCUGGUUACUCCUGUGGCUUCGGCUUCAACGCAGACAGCGCUCUUUCCUCGAAGCAGCAAAUGAAUCAGAAUUCCCCUCUUCUACCAAGCCGGCACCCAAAUGGAAUGCUGUUUCUUCCAGGACACGACACAGCAGCUGCAGCCAAAGGGGCCCCCUUCGGGCCUCCAGGGGGCCACUGGGCCCUCGUCAGCCCCCUCACACUCCACAGACCCAGAGAAGAUCCCAGGACGCGCAGUGCUGCCGGUGCCCUCGAUAAACCAGAACAGCUCGGGCAAGGUGCCCCAGGCAGGGCCCGCAGUGAAACCGUAGACCCCCGCCCUCCACCAGCACUUCCUUGGGUGGUUGUGCGUCCUCGAGAGGACGAGGACAAAGCGUUGACCCCAUUAGCAGGCAAAGCGUCCGGCUACUUGCUGCAAGGGACCCCCAUGGGUUGCACAUAUAUUCCGCAUCAUGCCAACUGA